AUCCUCCUCAUCUCCAUCACAUAGGGAGUCGGUGUUUAACAAUUCACAGAAGAAGAUCACUGAGAUGACCGAUCGCGUCGUUUGAGAUAUCAAGAGCGCCGGAUUUCUGGCAGGAUCGACAGGUUCCAUUUCCUGCCCAUUGUAGAGACCCCCCCCGGCAAUAACCACCAUGACGGCUCCUCCCAAGGACAGGUACAAUGCGGUCUGGUUAAUAUUCUUCACCCUCGGACUCGGCACUCUGCUGCCCUGGAACUUCUUCAUGACGGCCACCAUGUAUUUCACCAGCCGUCUGGGAGAUCCGGCCAUUUCUCGGAUGGCGUCCGAUGUCGACGAUGGAAACGACUCUCUUAUCAAUGACCUGAACAGCACGGAGGCCAGAGCGCUGGCACCAGAGAGGACCCAACUACAGAGCAAGUUCAACAACGUCAUGACCCUGUGCGCCAUGCUGCCCCUCCUCAUCUUCACCUGUCUGAACUCCAUCCUGCACAGCAGGAUCCCUCAGAAAAUACGUAUUGCUGGCAGUCUGGCUGCCAUUUUCGUGGUCUUUUUGCUGACGGCCGUCUUUGUGAAGAUCGAGUUCUCCCCCGGCACUUUCUUCACUGUAACGAUGAUCAAAAUCGUCUUUAUCAACUCAUUUGGCGCUCUCCUCCAGGGAAGUCUCUUUGGAUUGGCUGCCCUCUUCCCAGCCAGUUAUACGGCACCCAUAAUGAGCGGUCAGGGGCUCGCAGGGACGUUUGCCGCUUUCGCCAUGAUCUGCGCCAUUGCCAGUGGCUCAGAACUGGAGGACAGCGCCUUCGGCUAUUUCAUCACAGCCUGUGUGGUCGUCUUAUUGGCUCUCGUGUCAUACUUGGUGCUCCCCAAGCUGGAGUUCUAUCGCUACUACACCAGUGAGAACCUGAACAACACGGCCAGUAAUGGCACUGAUAUGGAGCUAAAGAAGGAUUUGCUAAAAGGUGGCCCGCUAACAGAAGCUGGAGGGAAAGCUGAACACGGGAAACCAUCCAUCAUCAACAUCCUGAAGAAGAUCUGGGUGUUGGCUCUGUCCGUCUGUCUGGUGUUCGCAGUCACUAUUGGGAUCUUCCCCGCUGUCACUGCCGAUGUGAAGUCCACCAUUGCUGGCGAUUCUUCCUGGGGAAUGUACUUCAUCCCCGUCUCCUGUUUUCUGAUGUUUAAUAUGUUUGAUUGGGCCGGACGAAGCAUCACAGCGAGGUUCAUGUGGCCCGGGAAGGACAGUAAAUUGCUCCCCAUCAUGGUGGCGGCCCGGUUCAUCUUCUGGCCUCUCUUCAUGCUGUGUAACGUCAUGCCUCGCCAUUAUCUGCCCACACUACUGGCACACGACGCCUGGUACAUUGGCAUCAUGAUCGUCUUUGCCCUGUCCAACGGAUACCUGGCCAGUCUCUGCAUGUGCUUUGGACCCAAGAAGGUGGAUGGAUACGAGGCAGAGACAGCCGGGGCCAUCAUGGCGUUCUUCCUGUCGCUGGGCUUGGCGCUUGGAGCCGGUUUCUCCUUCCCUCUGAGGAUUUUGGUCUGAAGCGCCCCACCGAUGCCUCUCUGACACCCAGCGGAGUCCAGUGCUACCUCGUGUGCGUUCAAUGCACUUACUAAGCAAAGUUAUCCUAUCGCAUUACUUACCACGGCGCGGAGUGUGGCCCCCGCUCUCCACAGUGAGGUGGAGCCGCUAACUCUACCACCACCUUUUCUGUUUACCUCUAUAGACCUCCUACGCCCUCUUCUCCUGGGCCUCACCCCGCUGGGACAAAUAAGAGAGAAAAGAUCACCGCUCAAGGAUGCCAAUGAAGAAUCUCCUCACCAAAUCCGAAGCCACGGGUGCUGGCGAUGCCGAGGAUAAUCCAAAAUGAAGGAAGGUCUUCUGGACAGCCGCACUCCGAAACCCGAUGCUUUUAUUGUAAAAUGAAAAACACAGGAUACGUGCCAAAGCCAGCGGGGUACCAACUGACGCAUU